AUGUUUAGAAGAGCAUUUGCUUUUACUAGCUUAUUUAUAUAAGGUUAGAGAAGCGUAGUACAUCUAAAAAACAAAUAAAAGUCACUAGUUUUCUAGUCAUAAGCAUAGUUUGGAUUUUUUUCUAACAUUUUCGCUAGCAAAGAAUAAAAAUAAAUAAAUGAGUUGUACUAAUAGUUACAACAAGCAGCUGAUAGUUAAAAGGCAAAUAUUAUGAAUUAGGUGAUUUAGUUUAAAUAGAAAAAAAACUAAAAACAAGAUUAUGAAAACUAUCAAUUCGAUCAAUUUGUUUUAGCAGAGUAUUACAUGAAAUAAGGAAAAACCUAAGAGUGCAAUGCGAUUUUUAAAAAUUUUGAACGACUAACUAAAUUAGUUUCUCAAGAAGAAAUAAUGGCAAGAAAAUUAUCUUUAUUUAGAACAAACACUCAAUUGUAAAACGAGCUUGAAAAAGCUUUGAAGAAACCUACUGAUUAAGUGACUCACUCUUUACCAUAUGGUUAAUAUGUUUUAGGAACUAUCUUCUUUGAUUAAAAAAAUUAUUAAAAGAGCGAAGAAAUACUUAUAAAAGCACGUGAUAAUGUAGAUAUUUUGCUCGAGAUCAAAGACAAAGACUAAUACGCUGAAGGUAACAAGCUAUAUGUAAAGCUCCUCUCUUGUCUUAAACUAGUUUAAUUAUAUUUUAAACAAAAAAAUUUCGAUUUAGUUGAUUAAAAUAUUGCUAUUUUGGAUAAAACCUGGGAAACUUUAGAGGAUAAUCACGAAUAUGCAUUAGGUUAUUAAAUAAGCAAAGCAAGUCCUUUAUAUAUUGAAAUUGCUGAUACUAAAGCAAAGAUUGCAGAAUUUUUUUAGAACUAUGUUUAAGCUACAGAUAUAUACCAGUCUGUCAUUGUAAGUCUUGAACCAAUUAAUGAAGUAAAUUCACUUCAAUUAAUAUAGCUAAAGCUAAGAUAAUUAGACAGCUUGAUUUUUGAGAAAGAGUAUUAUGAUUCUAAGUUAUUAAUGAAACAACUCAAGGAAUAUAUUGAGUAGUAUCAUCCUAAUAAUCCUUUAUUAUAAGCAGAAUUAUAAUAUUAAGAAAUUCACUUUUUAUACAAAAAAAAGAAAUUCAAUGAAAUAAACGAUAAAAUAAACUAGGCAUCUCAAUUUUGUCUUUAAAAUAAAAUAAUGAAUUUGACCUAUGCAAGAAUUCUCUACACUUACAUUAGAUUAAAUAUAGAUAAAUCUGAAAAUGAAUGUGGAUAAGUUAUUUAAAAUGUUGAUAAAUUGCUUAAAGGAUUAGAAGAUGUUCCUGCUAGUCUCAUUAUUGAUUUUUACUUAUCUGCAGCUUAAUUUUAUUCUAAGCAAAAAGACAUAAACAAAUUAAGCCAAUACAUGAGAUAGUCUAUUGACUUGCUUAAGUCUCCUCCUCAAUAAAUCUUAUCUGCUUUAAGAUCUUAUCUUAUUUGGGCAGGAUAUUAUCUUGAACUUGGAUUCAUAGAGGAAGCUAAAAAAAUACAUUCAGAAGCUAAGGAUUAUAAAGCAUAAUUAAAAUUCGACGGUAGCUUUGAUGAACUUAAAGCUUAGUAUGUGCUCUUAGAAAUAGAACAAACCAUAAAGAUUUUUGAACAUAACAACAAUAUAAAAUAAUAAUGA